GAGUUCUGUUCUCGUGAAUUUUCUUCUAGAAAUGGUGGAAAAAUUGUAUGAGUGGUCGAUUAUAGGUUCCAUGAAUUUAUGAAAGUGAGCGCAGAUUGAUCGAUGCGAAGAGACAGAGAACCAGAACUCGUUUGUCAUCUUCUCAUACACUGACAAAGAAAAGGAAAAGAAAGAAGAAAAGGAGGGAGAGAGAGAAAAAAGGUAUUCAAUUUGAUUUGGGUCCAGCCUGAACUGGUCUUUUUGUCUCUGCCAUCCAAGAAAUUGGUAAAUUUCAAACGCAAUAUUAUAUUCCCAAAAGUAUUCUCUUUUUCUUAUAUAAAUUGGGGAAGAAAAACUAGUUUUUGAGAGUCCAGAUUAGCAGCAAUUAAAGUUAGGGUUUGCUUAAUUAUUGAAAAGGGACAAGAUGAUGAUGCAAUUUGGUCUCUUCCAUCAAUUAUCUUAUCUGUGAGAGAGGCUUUUACCAAAGGGGUCCUCUCCUUUUUCUGGAUUUUCGUGGCGGGGGAGGGUGGAAAUGGAACUUUCUUCUCGUAGGGGGUCCUCUAGUUGAGAGACCCAUGUAAAUUUGUAGUUUAAACUUUAAAAGGACGAAAUUUGGCAAUAUUCUGGGGGGGUGAAAAAAGCAGACAAAGCCAAGCCAGAGAAGUCAAAGUAACGCACAAAAACUUCAGAAUAGCGUGUAUUGUAGCCCAACCUCCCCACUCCACUCCCCAAAGUAGAAUAAAAAAGAGGGAGAUCAAAAGCCGUUUGGCUUUAUUUUGCCUUAUCUUUGACGAGAAUCAUAUGUUGUUUAUUAUUACAUUGGCGUUCUUCAAGGCGUGCCAACCCCGUUACCUCAGCUCUCUUUCUCGCCCUCAAAAUUGAGUUUUGGGGCAUUUUGGGUUGGUGGGUCUUAGGGGAAAUAGACAAAAAAGAAGGCUAGUAAUCAACUAAUCCUCUAUAUUAUAUAUUUUUUGGGUCUAUCGGAAAGUUUCAGAAUCUGGGGUUCUUUUGGGGUUUCGAGAUCGGUGGGUAAAGUAGUGUAACUUUUAAGUUAAAGGGUCUUUUUGGGGGGUUGAAGCUGUUGGGGUUGGCGAUACAGAAAUGGGUUCCUAUGGAAGACUUGCGAGAAGGGCAUUGGAGACCGAGAUGCCCAUCAUGGUUCAGAUUCAAGAAUUAUUCCGGGGAGCUAAAAAUGCUUUGUCACUUGCUCAGGGAGUGGUAUAUUGGAAACCUCCAAAACAGGCACUGAGUAAGGUGACAGAACUUGUUUGGGAGCCUUCAAUCAGUCGCUAUGGGGCUGAUGAAGGUAUCCCUGAGCUGAGAGAGGCACUGACAAGAAAGUUGCGUCAGGAAAAUAAACUGUACAAGUCUUCUGUGAUGGUUACAGCCGGUGCAAAUCAGGCAUUCGUGAAUAUUGUUCUUACAUUAUGUGAUGCUGGGGACUCGGUGGUUAUGUUUGCUCCGUAUUAUUUCAAUGCUUACAUGUCUUUCCAAAUGACUGGUGUCACUGAUAUAUUGGUAGGUCCUGGUGACCCGAAAACACUCUAUCCAGAUGCAGAUUGGUUGGAAAAAACACUAUCAGAAAACAAGCCGACCCCUAAGCUUGUUACUGUUGUUAAUCCUGGGAAUCCAUCUGGUACCUAUAUUCCGGAACCUCUUCUCAAGAGGUUAGCAGAUAUUUGCAGGAAUGCUGGUUCUUGGCUGGUUGUGGAUAACACCUAUGAGUACUUCAUGUUUGAUGGCUUAAAACACUCAUGUGUCGAAGGCGAUCAUAUUGUCAAUAUAUUCUCCUUCUCAAAAGCCUAUGGAAUGAUGGGUUGGAGGGUCGGUUACAUCGCAUACCCUACAGAAGUUGAAGGAUUUGCAGCUCAACUUCUAAAAGUUCAGGAUAACAUUCCCAUCUGUGCUUCUAUAUUAUCACAGCAUCUGGCUCUCAACUCUCUGAAGCUGGGCCCAGAGUGGGUCACCGAGCAAGUAAAAGACCUUGUGAAGUGCAGAGAUAUCAUCCUACAAGCACUCUCUCCUCUUGGAGAAGGCGCUGUUAAGGGAGGGGAGGGUGCCAUAUACCUCUGGGCCAAGCUUCCCGACAAGUUCAUCGACGACCACCAAGUUGUUCGGUGGCUCGCCAACAGGCACGGGAUAGUUGUGAUCCCUGGAACCGCUUGCGGGUCGCCGGGAAAUGUCAGGAUCUCGUUCGGAGGUCUGGUGGAGGACGAAUGCCGAGCUGCGGCAGAGAGGUUGAGGAAAGGUUUGGAAGAGUUGGUCAGUGAUGGAAUGGUACAGUGACUGCAAGUUCCAAUCAUAGUUGAUUCAACAGCUGAAAUUUGAAAGCCCUGCUGCCAAGUUAAGCCAACAGAUUAACUUGCUGCAUUUGAAUAAAUCUUCAGUAUUUAUGACCUUAUUGGCAUAUGAAGGAAAAAAAAAAGAAGAUUAGAAUUACGUAAUAACAUUUAUUGAAAUGUGACACAAAAACAUCAAUCACAUCCUCAUGACUGUUUUUGUUUA